AUGCGACCGUGUAACAGGGUGGGGAGUGGACCGUGUAACAGAGGGGAGAGUGGACCGUGUAACAGGGUGGGGAGUGGACCGUGUAACAGAGGGGACAGUGGACCGUGUAACAGAGGGGAGAGUGGACCGUGUAACAGAGGGGAGAGUGGACCGUGUAACGGGGGUAAAAUGCGACAGUGUAACAGGGUGGGGAGUGGACCGUGUAACAGAGGGGAGAGUGGACCGUGUAACAGAGGGGAGAGUGGACCGUGUAACAGAGGGGAGAGUGGACCGUGUAACAGAGGGGAGAGUGGACCGUGUAACGGGGGUAAAAUGCGACCGUGUAACAGGGUGGGGAGUGGACCGUGUAACAGAGGGGAGAGUGGACCGUGUAACAGGGUGGGGAGUGGACCGUGUAACAGAGGGGAGAGUGGACCGUGUAACAGGGUGGGGAGUGGACCGUGUAACAGAGGGGACAGUGGACCGUGUAACAGAGGGGAGAGUGGACCGUGUAACAGAGGGGAGAGUGGACCGUGUAACAGGGUGGGGAGUGGACCGUGUAACAGAGGGGAGAGUGGACCGUGUAACAGAGGGGAGAGUGGACCGUGUAACAGAGGGGAGAGUGGACCGUGUAACAGAGGGGAGAGUGGACCGUGUAACAGAGGGGAGAGUGGACCGUGUAACAGAGGGGAGAGUGGACCGUGUAACGGGGGUCAGAUGCGACCGUGUAACAGAGGGGAGAGUGGACCGUGA